UAAAUAAAAUAUGUGUGUUGGUUUUUUUCACUGUAAUUUUAAUAACUGAGUGUAUUAUUAUCUUUAAGUCCAUCGCCACAUACAGGCUGGUGUGCAUAUAGUGUUGCUAUGUGAUGCACGGAGCACUUAAAAAUGUCUCAAUGCAACUAUAAAUGAUUGAAAUAAUAACAGCAGUUUUUGAUGAAAGUGAUUUCUUUUUUAAUUAGGAAGGUUUAUUUAAAAACGAAAAGAUGCCCUGCCAGAUUGGGGACCUUCAGUAAAACAUUUUUAAUUAUUUUGGAUUUAAUACUUAUAUUACAAUUUUUCCUUUUUAAAACAUUUAUAAUAUAAUAUAAAAGGAUAUUUAAAAAAAUAAUUUCAAAUAUCUAAAUAUAAAAUGUUAAAAGCAGAUAUUAGCAGAGAGUUGUCUCAACAGCCUCAGCAGCUGAUGUGCUCACAGCACUUGCUAGAAGAGCUGAAGGCCUGCGAUGCCAAAGAUGGCUACUGCCCUUUGCCACGCCCACUCUGUUGCCACUUUUAUGCGCUUUUUUCUGGAGUAAAGCUUAAAGAUAUGUUUUAAAUAUAUUCUCGACAUGCAAACUGGAUGCAAUAAGUGUACAAUUGUACAUUUAAGCUGCCCUGCUGAGUUUAAGUUGCGCACAAUGAGCACCAAGACCAUCAGUGCUUAAUGAGGGGGUGUGAUGCUCUGAUAUUGCAAAAGGAGGAUAAAAUUAAUAAAAGUAUGCUUUCUUUUUGGUCAAAGUGUAAAAUACUGCUAUAUUACAUUAAAGUAGAACUUAUAGAAUGUCGAUGCGUGGUGGUUUUUGUGGAAAAAUCGAUAAAACUCGGUUGCCUCUGAAUAUUCAAAUUGAAAGUAACGCGCAAUCAAAUCAUUGUCAAAUCAUUGAGUUCUAGGGGUUUUAAAUAGUAGGCAUGGAGGCAGAAAAUCUCAAACUAAAAUGUCCCCAGCUAUAAUACAAUAUUGUUGGAUGCUCUGACACUGCUGUAGGACAUUUGUGUUGAGAUUUUUGGAGACUUUUGCACAAAUUUCGUUCUUGGCCAUUUUGCUGAGGCAGAAAAGGGACGUUGUGGAGUCCCACAGGUCUUCUCCAGGGAGCCUCUCUUCAUCUUUCCCCAUCAUGUCUGAUAAGCAGAGAGUGUAUCAGGGCGUCCGCGUGAAGACAACCGUCAAAGAGCUGCUGCAGAGACACAGAGCCCAUGAGGCCAACAGCAAAAAAGUGAAAACGCUAUCCCAGGCGUGCUCAGAUCUCCAGGGACUUUGCUCACCCACUUUUCAAACUCGCUAUGAGGACCCUCCUUCUGCCAUUUCUCCAGAUGACGCGCGCGGCUGUGGAGCGCGAGCCUUCCAGCUGCGCACUGCCUCGUUCCCGGUGCCUGACAGCUCGUGCGGCAGCCAGAUGCACGAGGAGGGCUCCUUCAACGACAUCCCGCAGCAGUUCGGGGACAUGAUGUUGCCAGGUAACGGCUACAGUGGCAACAACAACACCAACAGCAGCAGCGGUGGCAGCUACAGCGCUUCCCUGCCUGCCCCCCCCACACAACCGCUGCCCUGGUGCCACGCGCUCUCCUCAGACGCGGACUACUACGGCCAUGGGAUGGCUCCCUGCUCCUCACCAGAGUUGCUGAAGCUUUGCACCCCCGUGGAUCACAAGAGCUACUCACCGCAGGACUCCUUCUCCUCCUCCUCCUCCUCCUCCUGCUACGACUCCCCCACCAGGAUGGAUCCUGGGUACCCCGGCCUCCCCUCUGAGCACUUCCACUUCCAGCACUGCACCCCCCAGGACCUUCGCAGCCUGCCCUACUGGCCCAGCCCGCAGGAUAGCUUCUCCGCCCCUGAAUACGCACCUUACUACAACCCCACAGACUAUCCCUACGCCUGCCCUGUGGAGGAGAACUAUUUCAGGAGGGAUUUGCAGAUGACCUCUGAAAUGUGCUACAAUGUACUAUGAUGAGACCUUCAUCAGUUCUCUUGUGUAUAUUUUGAAUGUAAAUAUGUUUAUGAGCACUCUGCUUUGCUUGAUGGUCCGCGCUGCAUUUCAAUGCGUUCUCUGACUGGCUUUUGCUUGGGUGUAAUGGAUAUUAUGAAUGCUGAAAGAAUGGAAAUAUUUUUGUAUUAAUGACUAUUUUUUUACUACUUAGAUUUAUUUUCAUACGUAUUACUUUUUGCUGUACUAAAUAAACAUGUUUUAAAUAUA